AAAAAUAGGCAAGGUACUCACUCUUGUAGUACUUGUACACUGUAGUUUGUUUUUCGACUGUCGAAGCCAAGAAAGAGAGGCACUGAACAGUGCUGGAAACGACAGUUUGGCUAAAGAGAAACUGACCUGCAACAAUCAGUCUGUGGUAUUGUGGCCUAGGACUGUCGACAUUCCUUCCCGGAUCCCUGAGGCUGUGCGUACUCUGUGCACACAUACCUGACCAUUACAUUUUUUGAUUCGUUGUUGGAGAGUGAAAAUGCCUAGGACUACUGCUGCCAUCCUUGCAGCUUUCUUUUCCUGCAUCUCACUGGGGACAGCUUUGGGCGAGGAUGUUUACAUGCGGGGUAUCAAGCCUACCAAUCCAGGCACCGCCGAAUUUCUCCAGUUAGACGAGGAGGACCUCAAGCUCACGCCGGUGUAUGGCAGCAACAUAACGUGCAAGGUGGAGCGCUCAGCGUCCGUACCAACUUCAGUUCACAAACUGCGACCAUCCGACAUCAAAGUUGUUGCCGCUCUGGGUGAUUCAGUAACAGCAGCGUUUGGAGCGCGGUCAUCCUCUCUCCUCACUAUUUGGAUUGAGUACAGGGGUAUAUCAUGGAGCAUUGGUGGCGAUCAGACUGUCGAAAAGGUGUUGACUCUGCCCAAUGUGUUGAAGCAUUUCAAUCCGGAUAUUGUUGGUUUUUCCACUGGUAAUGGCAAGAAACACACCAACCUGAAUUUGGCCAAGACCGGAGCUGUGUCAUCCGACCUGAUGCGGCAAGUGAAUCUGUUGGUGGAGGGUCUAAAGGCUGAUGAAAGUAUUGACUUUGAGAAUGACUGGAAGCUGGUGACACUGUGGAUUGGUGCAAACGACCUGUGCAAAUGGUGUGUAACACAUGAUCGGGAAUCUGCUGAGAGAGCGUACAUCAUGAAUCUCCGUGGAGCUUUGGAUUAUCUUCAAGAACAGGUGCCACGCGUGUUUGUCAACCUGGUCACCAUUAUUGACGUCACUGUGCUGUAUGAGCUGAAGACUCCGUCGUGCAGAGCAUUGCACCUGUGGGAAUGUGCUUGCGGUACUGAAGCUCCAGACAGUGUCAGGAACUCCACCAGCCAACUGGCAAAGAAAUAUCAGGCUGACAUUCAGAAACUUGUGCAAUCGGGUCGCUAUGACAAGCACGAUGACUUCACAGUUGUCCUUCAGCCAUUCUUCCAAGACUUCACUUUACCAAGAACUGCUGAUGGCAAGCCAGACUUCAGCCUGUUUGCUGUGGAUUGUUUCCACUUCAGUGGCAAGGCACACGCCACAGCUGCCAACACCCUAUGGAACAGUCUAAUAACACCUGUUGGCCAAAAGCCCACUCACUGGCGUGAACAUGAUCCUCUAUUCUGCCCAUCUGAGGCACAUCCGUAUUUGGCCACCGCUAAAAACUCCCAUGCCCCAAGGAGGAACAGCCGUCUUCCACGCAAACGUUCGCAUCGUAGUCACCAUCACCACACUGCUCCCUCGCAUGCCUUGUAGGCGUGUGUGUGUGUGUCAUGAUGAUUGUGUUCCAUACCGGUAUCCGAUAUGUACUACCAGCCCGGAAAAUAGCACAAAUCCAGAUUUUGACAUUCUGUCGUCCUGCAGACGCUAGUUUCGUAUUCACAUGAUUGCAGGCUCUAUUUUUCGUACUGCGAAGUACUGUAAAUGUAGGAAUGGUGAUUCCUCCUGGACGAGUGAGUCUUGAAUCCAGAGUCUGUCGCCGCCGCACUGUGACUAUAUUUUGAGAGUAUCCAACGCACACCAGUUCCUGGAUGGAUGCACAUCUAUUUUCAUAAAAUUUCUGGUGUACUUUUUUUGAUUUUUUUCACUUUUUGUACUAACUUGACAGCCUCCAUCCAACUCUCCU